AGCAGGUUGUUUAGUCUAAAUGGUAACAAAUAUAAUUGGUCACUAGUAACUCAUCUACUAUAACUUAAUGAAAACACUUGUGAUUUAUUAUUGAAUAAAUUCUUGUGGUUUGAAUGUGAAAGUUCAGUGAUCUUGUGGCAUGAUGCCACAUUUGCUCCUUGCAGAAGAGUUGUAGAGAUGUAUCUGCGAGUCUCCAUUUUUCUUUUCAUUCCUCUCACUGGAGGAUUUGGUCUAGUGUGUUAUGAUUGCCAGGGUCCAAAAGGAAUUACUUGUGAAAAAAAUACGACAUGUGAUGAUGAACAAAGCAUGUGUAUAACUAAAAGAAUAAUAGAAUAUAGCAGCUCAGAAAAUGGUGACAAAGUGGAAGAGACCAUAGAGAGAAGUUGUGCCACAACAUAUGACUGUGAAAUCUGGUACAUUACAACAGGCAAUUCUUUCCAGUGCUGCGACACCGACUUGUGCAAUGAACAAGAUGACAUAGAUUUCUCAUACUCUUAUUAUGAUCAUGUUGCUUAUUAUGAUCAUGAUGAGAAGAAAUGUUUCACUUGUGAUGAGGAGGACUGCUCAGACAUACAGAGUUGUGUGGAGGAUGAAGACUUCUGCUUUACUGCAAAGGGAAAUCAACCAAACACUGUAAAAGGAUGUGCCUCCAAAUACAUCUGUGAUUGUCCGCUAAAAUGGCUAGGACCUGGCUAUAUCACAUGUUGUGAGGGUAACCUGUUUAACGGCUCUCAGAGCGUCACCCAGAGCUUCCAGUUCCUCUGCUAUUCUCUGCUCUCCUUCAUCCUGCUGCACUGAAUCCAGCAGCAAAGACCCUCCACAUCAGCCAGAA